CAACAGGAAAAAGAGGCUGUUUUUCUUCUAGAUGAUAAGCAUAUAAAUGAAAUUAACCUGGUAUCAGGGAAGACAAAGAAGAAAAUCCCUCGGCUCCAGUCACUGUUGAAAAAUGUAGUUGUUUUAACAACAUCAAGAAAUGGUGCAUGGUUGGCAGGUGUACUUAAAACAGGAGAGCUGUUUCUUUGGAAUAAAGAUCAGGACUGCUUGAAAAUUGUGCCAGCAAUUGAAGAGUCUAGGAAGGUAGUUGCAGCAGCACAAGAGUGUCUAAUGAAAUUGUACUUGUAUGUAUCCGGAGAUGGUAAAAAGGCACUAUUGACUACUCCUACAGCAUGUGUCUUUUUAUGGGAAAGCACAGAACAUGAAAAUACAUCCUCUUAUGAAAAUUCUUCUGGGCAUUGGACACAAAUUUUGCCUGAUGAAUCUGUCAUGUUGCCUUCUACUGAAGAAAAAGAAAUUGGAGUGCAUGCUGCUUUCAUACAAAAUGAGAUACUGGGUGAUUGCUGUUUGUGUUCUUUUGUGUUUUACUCUGAAGAAUGUUUGGUGCUCACAUUUUUGAUUCUUCGAUGGCAUGAAAAUAGCUUUAAAUAUGUUAGUUCUUUGCCAUACCAGAUGCACUGGGUACAGCAGACUUGUUCUCUUGUUGAUUUGGUUCCUCAGUGUGUGUCUGUGAAGUCAAGAGGAGCUUUGCUGUGUGCAUUUGCAAGAGAUGGACUUCUACUUGCAGUAGUUGUUAAUCAGACUGAUCCAAAGGCAACUCAGAUUUUGUUUUUAAACACAUUGAAUUUUGUAACUGUUUCGGGUAGCCUCAAAGGUUGUAGCAGCAAGAAUAGCACGGUCCCAUCCAAUUUUAUCAGGUCUUACUGGGUUGGUGAUAUGAGUUGGACUCCUGAUAGCCUUUUCUUGGCUUGCAUGUUAAAACGUGGAUCUUUGAUUUUAUUGACGUGUAUGGGUGAAUUGCUGACCUUGAUUACUUCUGGCUGCUCUGUAGAAUUCGGACCAGCAGAAUUUAUUCCAUUUCAUCCACUAAUAACAUACAGACAGCAGCACUCUUUUUGUCAAGACACUAGUCAGUCUCUUGGUUCUUCAGCUUCUGAAAGUGACCUUAUGAGACAAAGAUUCUCUGUUGCUUCGCAUUCAAGAUUACCCUACCUCAUUGUCUCUGAUGGAUACAUGAUAACAGUGCUGAGAUUUCCUGUCAACUUUUCACCAUCAGGAUUUGUAAGAUCGCUUUUGCUUGAUUCAACCCAAAGGCUUGAAAAUAUCCGUCAGAAUUUGUUGUGCUCCAAGUCUAAAGGGAGACCUCCGUGCUUACGGUCACUGUUGUCCUUAAAAGCUAGUCUUUUAAAGCACGCUCAAAACCAAAGUUCCAUCUUUUCCACCAUUCCAAAGUUCCUGGAAGAGGACACAACAGAUAUGAGUGAGAAAACCAUGGAUUUACUGGAUUAUGAAGAAGAAUCAGAUGAUGAAAAGCAAUUUUGCAAUAGCCCUUCCAGCUUCUAUAGCCAAAGAAUCCAUUCAUUUGUUGGUAAAGCUGACCAAGGCCACUUAGAAUUUGCUUCAAUUCUCAUGGAACUUGACGCCUUCACUGUACCUAUUUUCCUACUUCUUGAUGAGAGUACUAGUCAGCAGUUCAACUCACUGAAGUCUCUGCUUAGGCAACCUCCUCAACCAGUAAACCAUGAUGCAAAAACAGAAAAAAGGCUGAUUGUACUAUGGCGAUUGUUGUAUAAGAAAGUGGUUUGGUAUCGGAUGCAGCUGAACAGAAAAGUGAACACGACUGCAGAAGAAGAGUCUGUCGUCUCAUCGCUUUUAAGUCAUAUACAAGCGACCCUCCAGUCUUCAGGAGUGACCUUAGAACAACACUUGAAGAUUAAUUCUGUAUCUGGUGAGGAGAAGUUCCUUUUAGGCUCAUACAGAGAAUCUGUGGACAUUUGGAAAAGAUCUCUUUGUGAAAUCAAGGCAAAAGAUACCAAGUAUUUUCAGCAUGAACUAUGGAUGGUAACAGAUGUUCAUACUGAAACCGCUAUGGCUGUGAUUCGAUCCAUGGCACGAUUCAUGGCCGCUUAUUUCACAAAUCAGCUACUCUAUAUCUUUCCCCCACACAAUGUUGGUGUCCUGCAUCCACUUCACAUCAAACAAG